AUGGCUUCUAAGGUGAUCAACGCGGCGAAACUGCUCAGCAAGAAGUCCCAUGUCAUUCCAGGGCAAUUUCUUGUCUCGGAGCUUUUCUUCGAGGUGCCCAAGGACUACAGCAACCACUCUGCUGGCUUUCUCAGGCUUUUCGGCAAAAGCGUCACCAAGCACGAGAGACCCAUCGUCCCCCCAACGGAGUCUGAGACGAAGCAAGCUGAGCAGAAGCCAUGGAUGGUCUUCUUGCAGGGUGGUCCCGGUUUUGGUAACCCUGAGCCUCAAGACAGUCCAAUUACUCGAACCGCCCUCGACCGAGGAUACCAGGUUCUGUUUCUUGACUACAGAGGCGUCGGCCUCAGCUCGCCUGUCUCGGCUGCCACUCUGGCACUCCAGGGCGAUGCUCAGAAACAGGCUGACCACCUGAAGCUUCUCCGCCAGGACAACAUCGUCAACGACUGUGAAGCGGUGAGAGCCUACCUCACUCAGGACUUCCCGGAAGAGAAGAAAAAGUGGUCCUUGUUCGGCCAAUCCUUUGGCGGUUUCGUCUCUCUGACGUACCUCUCCAAAUACCCCCAAGGGCUGCGAGAGGUCUUCCUGACCGGCGGUCUGGCACCAGUUGGUAGAAAACCUGAAGAGGUGUACCAGGCAACCUUCAAAAAAGUUGCAGAGAGAAACCAAGCCUAUUAUGAGAAAUAUCCCGAGGACAUCGAGGCUGUUCAUCAGGUAGCUCGAUUCAUUCAGGAGAAGGGCAAAGUGGCCCUUCCAGGCGGUGGUUUCCUCACGGUUCCAAGAUUGCUCACCCUAGGAAUUGCCUUUGGUGGUCACGGGGGACUGGACUCAGUGCACAACACCAUUCUCAGGUUGAAGGCAGACCUCGAUAACUUUGGUUUCUUCACUCGUUCGAAUCUCACCGAUCUUGAACAGGCUACCUCGUUCGACAGUAACAUUAUCUACGCCAUUCUGCACGAAGCCAUCUAUUGCGAGAAACCAGGCUGGGCUUCCGAUUGGGCGGCUUACAGAGUGGGUAAGGGUCUGGAACAGUUCUCCUGGCUGGCGAAGGAGCCUGCGAUCUCCGAGUUCACAGCUCCUCCUCUCUACUUCUCCGGCGAGAUGAUCUUCCCGCUUCACUUCGAGACGUACCCUGAGCUGAUCCAACUGCGUGAGGCUGCUGAAAUCAUUGCCAAAUUCGAUGCUUGGCCGGAAGAUUUGUACGACUAUGAGCAGCUCCGAAAGAAUGAAGUACCCGUAUACGCCGCCAGCUACAUUGACGACAUGUACGUCGACUAUCACUUUGCCAAGGACACGGCCGCCCUGGUCAAGGGCUGCAGAGUAUACGAGACGAACCAGCUGUACCACUCGGCUCUGCGUUCAAAGACGGAGGAUGUGAUGAGAGAGCUCUUCAGGCUGCGGGACAACCCCAUUGACUAA